ACAGACCUCCUGCCCGUGCUAAAGAAGCGUGUGUGUGACGUGCGUUGGGAGGUUCGAGACUCCACUCUGGAGUUCCUCGGCCAGCUGUGUGAGGCGUUAAGCUGCACCGUCACUCCUAUCCUGCUGGAGGCGCUGUGUGAUCAGGAGAGCUACGUGAGGGCUAGUGCCAUCUCUGCCCUGGCCAGGACACUACCGCUCAGUGACCAGCAGGGGAGCCAGGGAACCAGACACAGGAACAGACCCUGGGUCAGUUACUAGACAUCCUGUCUCAGGAUUCAGAGGGCUUCCCCAGACGUGCUGUGGUCCAGUACUUCAUCAGCUGGCUAAAGACACACCCAUCAUCUCUCCUCCUCCUCCUCCUCGCUGUGUUCUGUCC